AUGUACGCCGCUCAGAAUAUAACGCCAACAGUUUUGGAUGCUAUGAAUGGAAAUGUUUCCGAAUGGUAUAACGAAUGCGACAAUGCCAUUAGAAGGUCAGAAAUAGUUCCUGGAACUUACGAAUAUACAACUGCUGUUUCUUAUGGAAACGUAGGUGAGUUUGGAGAAGGUUCUUCAACAACAGUAGAUAUUGCUUGCGACAGGUUUCAUAUAAUUUCUAUUGACAACUCUUUCUUAUACGUGGAACAAGACAUUGAAAUAAAACCUUCUGCCAAGUUGUCUGACAAGAAAGGUUGCAAUGGAAUUUUCUAUGUCGGAUACCAAUAUGCUCCAGAAGUUUUCAUGGGAUAUAAGAUAUAUUCUAACUCUGACUUAGUUCAAACAGUAACAUGGGCAAACUAUGAAUGGUUCGCUUUAAGAAACUCAGUACAACCACAAGCUAGAGAACAAACAGACCAGUAUGCAACUAUUGAGAAAAUAAGAAGACUUGACCCUAACGUUCCAGGAGUUUAUGUUAACCUUUCUGGACAAACUGCAGCAGCAGUAACCAAAGUAAAAUUGAAACUUAGAGUUCCUUUGUCAUCUUUCCUCAUCUUCAGGUUUUUAAGAUACUUGCCAAACUGGGCAGGAAAAAUUUCUAUCGAACUUACUCCAAGCAAAAAUAACUUAGUCAUUGCACCAACACAAGACCCAUUCACUCUUACUGUAGCUGGAACUGGUGGAGCCAAGUUCUGUGACUUUUGCAAAGACAAAGUUGACUUAGACUUUGGUUUCUCAAACCUCAACACUGAAGUAAACUACUACUUCAAUGCUGCUGGAACUGCUUGGGACCCAGUUAA